GAAUUUUCACCAUGGCGCUGCGUGAACUCAUCGAGGAGUGGAACAAGGUGAUGCCUAUGAUAAAUGAGCGUCAAUUGCUGGCGCCCACGGAGGAAUUUCUCAUAACAUGCUGCGGAAAUAUCCUGAACAGAGUGAACCUGAAAGUGCCUCAGAAUCUAGCAUCCGAGGACAAAGAAUUGCAGAAGAAGGCCAGACUGAAGCUGUGUCACAUGGUGGAUAAUUUGUACAAGUUGUCCGAGAAGAAGAACGGAUUCUUCUAUCUGGAUCUUCUGGAACCGUCGCCAAAGCGCACUCUUCAUCUGCUUCAGAAUCUCCUGAACUACGUUCUCUUCUACGAAAUGAUGAAGGAAGAGAUGAUGAGCAAGUGCAAGGAUAAAUUUGCGAGAUAUGAAGAAUUGAAAACGCGCAAAAUAAUCCUCCAAGGUCAAGUUGAGGAACUGAAGAUCCUGCAGGAGAAUCAGAAGCAGCAAGAGAAGGAUUUGCGGGCUCAAAAUGUCGAGCUAUCAGCUGAGAUCAGUCGCAAGAAGGCGAUACAUGAUGAUUUGGAGGAGAGGAUGAAGCUGUGCGUGAAGAAAACCGAGGAAUUGAAGAAGAAACACAUGGAUUUGCAGAUGGACAUGGAUAAGAUGAGAGUGGAUUUGAUUCCCAAGGAGGAGAUUGACAGUCUGGAGAAGCAGCUGGAGAUGGCGCAGAAGGAUACAGAGGAGCUGAAGAUCACAAUUGCCACGAUUAAAGCCAACACCGACUCCUUGAUGCAGGUGAAUAAGAAUAUCGCUGGUCAGUUGGCUGUCUAUGAGGAUUUCCUUAAGGACAUCAAUCAGGCAGGAAACUUCCUUGAAGCCACGGAAAGUUGCUCGCGCGAACUCGACGCAGAGAUCAAUGAGCUGAAGCAGGAGCUUGAGGACAAGACUUCUAUGCGCAAAUGCCUGAUGGAAGCUGUUGAGGCCAGAAAGAGUGAACUUGCCGGCCUGAAGGAGGAUCUCAGGAACUGCACAGCGCAGCACAAUAAGGAAAUCCUGAAGCAACAACAAGCGUUGAAGGCUAAGAUGAAGGAUAAUGCAGAGCUGGAGAAGAGCUUGGCUGAUCACAUUCGAAAGCUGAUCCAGAUGAGGCACGAUUCUGCUCAAGCUGAGCAUUUCGCCUAUGAAAUGCUCAGGAUGAUGAAAUAAGUUAGCAAACAAUUUGUGG